GUAAGGAGAAGCACCGCUUUGAGAAGCUGAUGGAGUAUUUCCGUAGUGAAGAUGGGAACAUCGACUUCAUGGUUGCUUGUAUGCAGUUCAUCAACAUUGUGGUCCAUUCUGUGGAGGACAUGAACUUCCGUGUACAUCUGCAGUAUGAGUUCACUAAGCUGGGGCUUGAUGACUUCCUGGAGAAAUCCAAGCACACAGAGAGUGAUAAGUUGUCGGUGCAGAUCCAGGCUUACCUGGAUAAUGUGUUUGAUGUUGGAGGUCUGUUGGAGGACGCUGAAACAAAGAAUGUUGCCCUGGAGAAAGUGGAGGAGCUGGAAGAACAUUUGUCUCAUGUGACAGAGAAGCUUCUAGAUGUUGAAAAUGAGACCAUGAUGAAGGUAGCAGACCUGGAGAAACAGCUGUUACACAAAGACAAGGAACUGGCAACCAUAAAGGAGACAUAUGAGUCCACCAGCUCACAAGUGCACACACUGCGGCGGAUGAUCCAGGAGAAGGACGCUGCCUUCCAGAGGCACAAUAACAUUGAGAAGCAAUUGCUGGAGCUGGAGCAGCAGGGCACCAUCCGUUUACGCAAGCAGCCUGAUGGGGAUAUUGCCAUUGAGGCUCUGGGUGGAGGAGGACUGGUUGGUGGAGCAUCUCUGGGAGACCUGGGCUUACUUACUGCAAGCAUGAGUGGGAGUGGAGGUCUGCGUGUCACUACACCUGCUCCUAUUGAAGCUGUUGCUCCACCUCCACCGCCACCACCACCUGCCCCACCACUCCCUUCAGAAGUCGAGUGUAAUCUUAUUCCUCCUCCACCUCCUCCACCUCUGCCUGGACCAUCACCAUCAGUCAUCCUUAGUGUCGGCUUAUCAGCCAUACGCAUCAAGAAACCCAUAAAAACCAAAUUCCGCCUUCCUGUCUUCAACUGGACUGCACUGAAACCCAACCAGAUCAAUGGCACCGUCUUCAACGAAAUUGAUGAUGAGCGUGUGCUUGAGGAGUUGGAUCUGGAGAAGUUUGAGGAGCUGUUCAAGACGAAAGCCCAGGGUCCUGUGGUGAAUUUGUCAUGCUCAAAGAGCAAGGUUUCCCACAAGGUCGUCAACAAAGUGCAGCUGCUUGAUGCCAAUCGCUCAAAGAACUUGGCCAUCACUCUGCGCAAGGCCAACAAGACCACAGAAGAGAUUUGCAAAGCCAUUCAAACGUUUGAUCUGAAAGCCCUGCCAGUGGACUUUGUGGAAUGCCUGAUGCGGUUUCUGCCCACGGAGGCUGAGAGUAAACUACUGCGUCAGUACGAGCGUGAGAGGAGACCUCUGGACCAACUAGCUGAGGAAGACCGUUUCAUGCUCCUCUUCAGCAAGAUUGAGCGGCUCACUCAGAGAAUGAGCAUCAUCACGUUUGUGGGCAACUUCAAUGAUAAUGUCAACAUGCUGACCCCGCAACUCAACGCUAUCAUCGCUGCAUCAGCGUCAGUAAAGUCUUCUCCAAAGUUAAAGAAGAUCCUUGAAAUCAUUCUGGCCCUGGGCAACUACAUGAACAGUAGUAAAAGAGGCUCGGUGUAUGGUUUCAAAUUUCAGAGUCUGGAUCUGCUGCUAGAUACUAAGUCUACUGACCGGAAGAUGACACUGCUGCACUACAUUGCUCUGGUCGUCAAAGAGAAAUAUCCUGAACUGGCUACCUUCUACAAUGAACUGCACUUUGUGGAUAAGGCUGCAGCAGUCUCCCUGGAGAAUGUGUUGUUGGAUGUUAAGGAGCUGGGUAAGGGUAUGGAUCUGGUCAGGAGAGAAUGCAGUCUGCAUGACCACGCUGUACUCAAGGGCUUCCUCCAGACCAGCGAUACACACCUGGACAAACUACAAAAAGACGGCAAGACUGCUGAGGAGGCUUUCAACAAUGUGGUGCUUUACUUUGGGGAGAGUCCUAAGACCACGCCGCCCUCUGUGUUCUUCCCAGUGUUUGUACGGUUCAUCAAAGCAUACAAGGAGGCUGUGGAGGGAAACGAACAGAGAAAGAAGCAAGAGGAAGCCAUGAGAGAAAAACUACUAGCACAGGAGGCCAAACAGCGUGACCCCAAGGUCCAGGCUCAAAAGAAGCGACACCAGCAGCAGGAACUGAUCGCAGAGCUCCGGCGCAGACAGGCCAAGGACCACCGGCCUGUAUAUGAGGGCAAAGAUGGCACCAUUGAAGACAUUAUCACAGAACAAGGGAUUAAUCUGAGUAAAUUUGAGCACAAAAUAAUUGGAGGAUCUCCGAAGCCAGCCCUUCCUGCGAGCUGACGCGGUGAUCCGGAAUGGGUGGAAGCGACCCUAAAGACCCCUCACUCACUCACCCACUGCUACUCUCCCCCCGCUUUCUUCUGAAAUGGCAUUUUCCUGCAAUUCACAGUGACUGAGGGAAGUGCAGGACCAAACCAGUGUCUUUGGUUUUAGGGGGGUGGGGAAGUUAUUUAUUUAUGGAAAUCCUUUUUGGAUUCUGCACUGGAGGCUCUUUCAAUAAAGCCAUAAAAGCACAGACAUUAAGGGCGGCCUCAUGAACGCUCGCGUACGCAAAUCCUGAGGAGCGUCUGUAACGGCUUGCGUUGGCACAGGAAAAAUGCUUGUUGUGGUUGACACAGACAGCGGUAACACUAGCCUGCUGACCCUGAAGAGCCUUCCAAUGGGAUCUCACGCCCAUUAACGUGUAUUUCCUUUUAUUGUGCAAUGUAAGCAUGACUUUCUGUCUUGAGGUCACUGACUUUCAGGCCAGAGCCCGUUUGUACAGUUCUUUUAUUAACUAUGAACUCAAAAGAUUUAGAAUCCUAACUACAUGGAGUGGAUUAGUCUGUCUCCAGUAUUUUAACCCUAUGGUUACAAAGAAGUGCCUUUCUGCUGAGUCAGUAUUAUUUCUUAUAGCCAAUAUUAAUGUAUCUAAGUUUAUACUUGUGUUAAUCAUUAUGUUGUAAGUAACAUUUCAGAUGCUUAAUGUAAAUAUUAUGCAGUUAUCCAGUUGCAGCUUUAACAAAAGAGCCUGAAGUGCUCUAUUUGACUGACCAUGUGCCUUGUAGGCCUAUUGAUGGUGCAGCCUUCACCCAGCUUUUUAAAUGUUUAAUGCGCAUGUACCAGAACAAAGUGUACAUAACGUUAUGCCAUGCCUUUAAACGUACUCUUCCUCAGAGAAUAACGUUCGGAUCCGUUCUUUACCACACAGAAUUCUUAUGUAUAUAAAUGCAUUUUUUUAUCCAAUGGGAAUCACAAUGGGAAUCACUCCAGGAUUGUAAAGAUGAUAUACUAACAGAAUCUUUUAGGUGUGCAGUUUGUACCGUUCACUCUAAACCAGUUGCCCGAGUUAGUAAAAUGAAGGACAUUCGUCAUGGUUUGUAUUAAUUCACUCGGUUUAAACCAACAAUAACGUUUUAUAAGAUUAAUUUUAUUAUCUGAUAUGUCUCUAAUAGAAUAAUUAUUUUCUUUGCACUAUCAUUGAAUAAGAACCGAUUAUUCAACUAGUAACUCGAUAUGAAAUUGUAUGAGCUUUAUUUUGGCAAUAACUUGCGCGAGGCAGCGCUUUACUGUUAAUUGCUUUGUUCGGGAUGCGCUGCCGGUUAUAUUCACAAUUCAAGUGCUUACUGCUUUUAUCAAAUUUAGAUAUUAGGGACAGAAAUUAUUAUUAUUACAUUAAGAAAAAUACAUUAAGUGGCGUCUUUCCGUUAGAAGAGAUAAGAUAGCCCCGACAAAGACUGCAGUGUGACAGGAGGCAAACGUCGGCGUUGCAGCGAUCUCAACAGGUGUUAAGGCGCUUUCACACACGGUACGCGGCAGUCGCGAGG